CGGGGAAGUUGAUUUACUUACCCAAUUUCAUGGCCGCACCUGCAAAAAUCUUGUCGACUCAAUGUUCCGAUUAUACCCUUAUCGCUCUCUGCCUUCUCACAGACCUCUCGUUUACCUUCCUCGUCUUCCUUCUCGCUCCUUCCGUUGCCGCGCCACCGCAGAUAUCCCCCUUGGAGACGGAAUCCGAUUACCACGAGAACCGGAUUCAACCUCUGACACGGCGAGGUCUCGGGAUGUUUCCGUCUCCGCAGGUGGGAAUGGUGAAGGAGCUAAGUGGAGGAAGAGGAGGUUGCUCUGGUCGCAAAGUGGACAGAGUUAUUUGGUAGAUGACGGCGACGCGCUUCCUCUUCCUAUGACUUAUCCUGAUACAUCCCCUGUGUCGCCGGAUGUGAUUGACCGGAGGUUGCAAUGUGAUCCUGUAGUCGAGGAUUGCAAGGAAGUGGUUUAUGAAUGGACUGGCAAGUGUAGAAGUUGCCAAGGGUCUGGAACUGUCAGUUAUUACAAGAAAAGGGGUAAAGAGGUUAUAUGCAAAUGCAUACCCUGCCAAGGGAUUGGAUAUGUGCAGAAAAUAACAUCUAGGACGGACAUUGAUGUGAUGGAAGAUUUAGAUAAGGAAACAUCUUGACCUUGAAUGUGCUAAAGGAGUCCCAUUUAUGCAUGCAUGUGAGCUUGGAUUCGUUGUUGAAGUUUAUUCGUUGCACGUAAACAAAACACAACACAGAAGAGAGAUAGGCGCUCCUUUGGGAUAUUUGGCCCAAACAAGUAAAUUGGAGGUAUAGACAGAAACUACUGAUUCUUGCUCAGAUAAUGGCGUCUUCUUUCACCAAGACAGCCCAAAUAGGCAAUUACUGUUUUAUAUGUAUCAAAACUCGAGACGCCUUUGAACUGCACGAAUUUUUGUGUGUUUUAGGCUGUUUCAAUUUUUCUUUGUAUAUCCCAGAGAAAAGAUAGUGGUAACACGAUCCAUUUCAAUAAUCUUAAUGUGCUUUGCCUCUU